AUGGAUGAUCUUUUCAAUUUUAAAAGUGAAGAAAGAGAUUCCAACAGUGGGUUCGAUGAUGUUUACGAGGAUAUUAAUAUCGGGUUAGAGGCCAGCUCUCCAAUGUCCAAACAACAGCAACAACAGCAAACAUCAAAUAACAAUGGCUUUUUAUUUAAUAAUAUAGAUGACGAAGACGAAGAAAAUUUCUUUGUUUCACCAAAACAACAAACUUCAAAUUUAAAUAGUUUUAGCACUACAACUAAUAACAGUCAUCAUAAUUCAACAUCUCAUUAUAGUUUUAAUAAUAAAAUCAGCGAUGAAAUCAAUUUACAUUUUAAUUUUGACGAUUAUGAUAAUUCAACAACAGCAAUAAAUAGUUCAAUAUUAAAUAAUAAUAAUAAUAGUAAUAGUAAUAACAGUAGUAGUUUUUUUAACAAAAUUAUUUUUAAUGAAUCAACAGAACUCUUUAAAAGUAAUAGUUUAAUAGAUGAUAAUAAUAGUAAUAGUAGCAAUAACAAUAUCAAUAGCAAUAAUAAUAGUAAUAAUAAUAUCAACAAUAAUAUAAAUAAUGAGUUAAAUAGUAAUAUUAUAAGCACUAUGCCCGGUGAUAAUAGUUUUAUUUAUGACAAUAGUAAUAAUAAUACUAGCAUUACAACAAAUAGUUAUAUUGAAAAAUUAAAUACCAAUAAUGAUAAUGAAAUUACUUCACCCAUCGAAAAAGGACAUGUUAGAAAUGCUAGUGAACAGUUUUCAUCACCAAUUCAACAGUCUCAAAAAAAAGAAGAGCAAGAGGAAAAUAAAAAAGAAGAUGGAAAAUCUUCAAUCUUCAAUUUAAAUUCAAUAAAGAAAGCAAUUUUAAAUACAUCAAAUUCAAAUUUAUUAAAUUUUAGUACUGAUGCAUUUUGGAAAGAUUUAGGUGAUAAUCCUUUGAUUGACCAAGACACUGCUUCUGAUCAAGAGAAAUGGUUACGUUUAGGUGAAGAUAUACCACAAUGUUCAUGGGCAAGACGAUUGGACCAUAAUUUCCCUGACCAUAAACACUUUCAAGUUUCAAUGUGGCAAGGUCUAAAGUUAGUCGGUAUUGGUUAUAGAAUGUGGAAAUAUGUAAAGAAAGAAAAUUCCUCUGGACGUGUACCAAUGAUGGAUCCAUUUAAUCUACCAAAACCUGGACCAAUUAUGGGUGUACCAAUAGGUGGUAUUGGUAGUGGAAGUAUUAAUAGAGGCUGGAGAGGCGAUUUUGUUCGUUGGAAUAUGAAUAGUGGUUUGGUGACCAAUGAAACUGUAGAUGUUGAUAAGUUUUCAGUUUAUAUUAACUUUGACGAUAGCAAUAGUGCCUCUUCAUCAACUGGAUCAACUCCUAGUGGUACAUUCACACCAAAUGGUCCCAAUUUUGACCCAUCAUCAACAAAGUCAAAGCAAAAGGCCACUGUAUUAUAUCCUGGUAAACCAAAAAACAAUUUAAAUUUAGAUGUUUGGAACUGGGGUUUAAAAGGGGAAAAUAGUUGUUAUUUUGGUCUUUUUCCAAGAGCUUGGACUGUAUAUGAAGAACCACACCCAGAUAUCAAAUUAGUUUGUAAACAAAUAUCACCUGUAAUACCACAUAAUUAUCAAGAGUCAUCAUAUCCAGUUGGUGUUUAUGUUUGGAAAAUUGAAAAUAAUAAUAAGAACUCGUCUGCUGAUGUUAGUUUAAUGUUAACCUGGCAAAAUAGUAUUGGUACCAAAUCAGAUCAAGAUGGAGGCCAUUACAAUAAAUAUUUUACAUUGGGUGAUGAACCAAAUAAAAAAAUUAAAGGUGUUACAUUAAUUCAUAGAAAAGAACAGAGAUGUGCAUAUAAUAGUAGUAAUAUUGUAUAUCAUGAUCCAAUGGAAUAUUCAAUUGCAGUAAAAGAUGAUCCAGAUGUAAAUAUUACAUUUAAUGAAAGAUUCGAAACCACUAGUAGAUUGGAUGCAGCAAAUCUUUGGUACACUUUCAAUAAAAAAGGUGAGUUGGAAAAUAUUCAAGACUCACGUCCAUCAGCUCCUAAAAAACCAAUUGGUGCUGCUGUUGCCGCUAAAGUUAAAGUACCAGCAGGUGGUUCAAAGACUAUAGUAUUUUGUAUUGCUUGGGAUCAACCAAUUACACGUUUCCAACUUGGUUCAGCUUACUAUAAGAGAUAUACCAAAUUCUAUGGUAAUAAAGGUGGAAAUAGUCAACGUAUUGCAUAUGAUGCACUUCAGAAUUACAAGAGUUGGGACAAUCAAAUCGCUCAAUGGCAAAAUCCAAUCAUUCAAGAUGCAGAGCUACCCUCUUUCUAUAAAAUGGCACUCUUUAAUGAGUUGUAUUAUUUAGUAGAUGGUGGUACAGUUUGGACCCAUGGUUCCCCACAAGAUCAACUACCUGCUCGUUACCCAUUAAAGACUCAAUUAAAGCCCGAAGAUAUCUCUGAUCCAAACCAUAUAGGUCGUUUUGCUUAUUUAGAAAGUUUAGAGUAUUUGAUGUACAAUACAUACGACGUUCAUUUCUAUUCUAGCUAUGCUUUAGCAAUGCUUUGGCCAUUAUUAGAGAUUAGUCUACAAUACGAUAUAGCAGAGGCAACAAUGUUGGACUAUGGUAUUACAUGGGAAGGUAUUCACAGUGGUCAACAAAUACCAAGAAAAAAGAGAUGUACAGUUCCACACGAUCUUGGAAAUCCUGGUGAAGAUCCUUGGAAGCGUGUCAAUUCUUAUAAUAUUCAAGAUAUCUCAAGAUGGAAAGAUUUACCAUCUAAAUUUGUAUUACAGGUUUAUAGGGAUUAUUUGGUUGUUGAGGAUAAGAACUUCCUUUUGCAAGUUUACAAUGUUGUCGAAGAGGUUAUUCAACGUACUCUAGAAAGCUUUGAUACAGAUCACGAUGGUGUUGUAGAUAAUGAAGGUUUCCCUGAUCAAACUUAUGACGUUUGGCCAGCAGUUGGUUGUUCAGCAUACAGUGGUGGUCUUUGGUUGGCAUCUCUUAAAGUUGCAUCUGAAAUGGCAAAGAUAUUAGGUUUCAAAGAAGAUGAAUCUAUUUAUAAUGCAAUUUUCGAAAAAGGUUCAGCAAGUUAUACAAAGAAACUUUGGAAUGGAUAUUAUUUCAAAUAUGACUGUAGCAAUAGUGUUCAUGCCGACUCUAUCAUGUCUGAUAUGUUGGCAGGUCAUUGGUAUUUAUUAUCAUGUGGUCUUCCAUCAUACAUGACAUUUGACCAAGCACUAUCAUCUCUUAGCAUCAUAAACGAAUAUAAUGUAAACUCUUAUGGUAAAGAACGUUGCGGAGCAGUCAAUGGUAUGAGACCAGAAGGUGUAGUCGACAAUACUUGUUUACAAUCAAGCGAGGUUUGGAUUGGCACUAGUUUUUCAUUAGCCGCUACGAUGAUUCAACAUCACAUGGAUAAAGAUGCAUGGGAGUUAGUUAAAGGAAUCGUCAAUUCGUCAUACAACAGAUGGGGCUUCCAGUAUCAAACACCUGAAGCUUGGGAUUCAAAUGGUUGUUAUAGAGCUGGCGCUUAUAUGAGACCAUUAUCUAUUUGGAGUAUACAAUGGGCAUUACUCAAGAAAAAAUAUUUUGAUUUCUAUGAUGAAUCAUUAAAAUCAAAUAAUAAUAGUAACAAUAAUAUAAAUAAUGGUGGUUCUUUAUUGGGUUAA